AUGGCGGGUGCCCAGGAGCAAGAGAAGUCGGCACGAAUCGCUUGGUCUCAGUUCAUACACACACGUUUCAACACCUGCGUCUCCGCCGCUCUCCGAAACCCCACUAUCGAUCGCGCCGCCCUGCUUGAUGCCGAGCUCAAAGUUGCGCUGAAACAACUAGAGCUCCUUGCACUUCAUCGCAACGAGUUUAUGGGUGCUUGCCGCCUGCCUCCAGAGAUCCUGUGCAACAUCUUUCAAUACUCUCAGGAAGAUUGGAGCCCGAAGAGAACUGGUGUCAUUCCGACAACCGAAGGCGGGACGACCGCUGGAACGCGGGCGUAUAUGCUUGGCUGGAUGUCUCUAUUACAUACCUGUAGCUAUUGGCGGAAGACUGCUCUUGAAUCACCAUCCCUAUGGUGUACCUUCAAUUGCUUAGAUAUGAAUCCUCGUGCUAUACCUACGCUUUUAGCGCGCUCUCAAGGCCUUCCCAUCUCUCUUCAUAUUGAUCAUUCGCAUACGGGCGAGGCAGAGACGGCCGUCAUCGAGAGUUGGUUGUGUAAACCCAUCCUUGGGAGGAUCAUGAACCUCUCAAUCAAGAAGGUGCCCGAUUCUCGUUUACAGCAAUGGCUCGGCUGCUUGCAAUAUCCUAUGCCACAUCUGCGCUCUCUCACUGUCGAUCAUUCACAUCAUACGGGGUCAGGACUAGCAGCAAUCCCUACCAAUAUCCUCGCCAGCAAUAGACCCGAUCUGUCCCUCGUCUCACUGCACGGAGUGGCGAUGACCUGGACCCCUACACUACUACCCAACACUCUGGUCUCACUGAAGAUAGCAUUCAACGACGAGACCCAUGCGUCGGAUCUCAUGCCUUCGAUGCCCACUGCGGAACAGUUCUACGGAACGUUAUCCUCGAUGAAGUUGCUUGAGGUGCUCGAACUCCACAACUGCUUUCCCAAGCAGGAUGCAUCUUCAGACACCAUGCGCAUAGACUUUCCCGACGUGUUCAGGUCACUUUCGUUGAGCAUCGGCGUUGACGAGAUCAUAGACCUUUUUCUGGAAUUCAUUACCCGCGUCUCUACUCCCGCGCACACGGCCGUUGAUUGUGGAAUUGAUCACCCGCUUGGUUUCCCAAUUGACAACCACAUACCUGCCAUUCUACCGAUAAUAUACGGGGAUCCUCAAGGCUCCCCUUACGCACUGCAUUUGAACAGGAUGGGAAUGGCCAUGCUGUACGACGCACGGCCGCCGACGACCUUGUUGCAGAAAUCCAUACCUGGUGCUUUGGACGACUGGGAUGAAUAUUGCCUGGGCGAGGAUGGAAGAGGCCUAUGGGUCAGCUACGAACACGACUCUAAUUCGAGCAUCACCACGCAUCUCCCUCUGCUACAGACUACGACGUUGCAGGUCCUGACCCUUGGCGCAGACGUCGCGACUUACUUGCUGGAUAAUGAUGCAUGGAUGAGCAGGUUUGCUUCUGCUAGAGACGUUCACAGCCUCUCCGUCUACUACAGCAGCGCCCUCUCUCUAUUUGAGGCAUUGCUAGACAUCGAGUCAGCACGUUCCGAUGGCGCAUCCCCGUCCUUCUUUCUAUUUCCCCGCUUGACCACGAUUGCGCUACACAAGGAGACAGGCGGCAGCGUUUUGCCUGGAGAUACGUCGGCGGAAACGAGGGUGGCGUUGGACAUCUUCUUUGUAGAGCUGUUGCAGAGUAGGAAAAGGCGUGGCGCCGCCAUCGAGACGAUCAUGGUUGCUAAAAACAUGGCGGAUUGGGACAUCUGGGAUCGGGUGAAAGACCAUCAUCUUGUAACACUUCUCGAGUUCUUCUGA